CAAGUAGCCGAUCCGAAUCAGCCAUUAAUAAUUGCUCGGAACAAAAUUGACGACCUUGGCCUGCUCCGUCGUCUUCCUCUCCGCGUUCUCUGGCUUGUCUUCCUGCUGCCGGACGCUAUUGGAUCGAUAGCUUCUCUGCAACUGAAAAGGGAAUUCAAGGUGCGACAAAAGGAGCAAUCUUCCAGUAUCUGCUCAUGAUUCGGAGAGGUUUCUGCGUGUACCUUGAUUAAAAUUUUUGAUACCGUGAAAGUAUUGAUCGAGGAAGAUAGGGAAAGAGUGGAUUGUGGGGGAAAGUGAAGGAAUGGGAUUCUCGACGGACAAUCUGAAAGGCUUCACUUUGGCGCUGCUGUCUAGUGGAUUCAUUGGUGCAAGUUUCAUCAUCAAGAAGAAGGGCCUCAGGAAGGCGGCGGCUGCUUCUGGAGUGCGAGCAGGGGUUGGUGGAUAUGCUUACCUUUGGGAGCCCCUGUGGUGGACUGGUAUGAUCACAAUGAUUGUUGGAGAGGUGGCCAAUUUUGUAGCUUAUGCAUUUGCCCCAGCAGUUCUUGUCACUCCUUUGGGUGCUUUAAGUAUAAUUGUUAGUGCUGUUCUUGCUCACUUCAUUUUGAAAGAGAAAUUGCAUGCACUUGGAAUUUUGGGCUGUAUUAUGUGUAUUGUUGGUUCGGUGGUUAUUGUUAUUCAUGCACCACAAGAGAGAGCAAUCACUUCUGUCCAGCAGAUAUGGCAAAUGGCAACUCAAACAGCUUUCUUGUUGUACGUAGCUUCAGUCAUCGUAAUAGUCUUCGUUCUUAUUUUCCAUUUUGCUCCACUAUAUGGAAGCUCAAAUGUUUUGAUAUUCACUGCCAUUUGCUCUUUAAUGGGCUCCCUCUCGGUAAUGAGUGUUAAAGCUUUGGGGACUUCUCUAAAGCUGACUUUUGAGGGUACAAAUCAAUUAAUAUAUCCACAGACAUGGUUUUUUAUGCUGGUAGUGAUUACAUGUGUGAUUAUACAAAUGAAUUAUCUUAACAAGGCUCUUGACACCUUCAAUACAGCCAUUGUGUCACCAAUAUACUAUGUGAUGUUCACCACACUUACAAUCUUAGCAAGUGUUAUAAUGUUCAAGGAUUGGGAUGGGCAAAAUAUCGGAAACAUCGUAUCUGAGAUUUGUGGCUUCGUUGUUGUUCUUUCAGGGACCAUUCUGUUGCAAGUCACAAAAGACAACGACAGGAACGCCUCAAGAAGUGUAUAUGCUCCAUUAUCCCCAAGGUUACCAUCUUUGACGACUCGACUUUGUUCUGGGAACGGGGAUUUGUUGAAGCAUGUUGAGGAGGACAUGACAUUUUCAGAAGAUGCAUUAUUGAGACGGCAGGAGCUAUACUAACAUCAUUUAGAAAGCAUAAGUCAAAGAUCCUGUCACGGAGUUUCUAACAAGGGUGCUAUCUAAAAGAGCCUUUUUGAGGCUUUUAAAGACCUACUGAGUCCAUCGCUGGUUCUGGGGGCAGGAAAUGAAGAAAUCCAAUGCAGCUGCUGCUCCAAAUCCAAUGACUGCAACAAUUUGCUUAUAUCUUGCAAAAUGAUUCGUUAGCUGCUCCAGCUAUAACGCAAGUUUGAUAGAAGUAUAUAGAUCCUUUUGCGAAUUCCAGCGACGUGUGAAUUAGGCGAUUUCAGGUGUAGCUUCCUCUCUAUAGCAUUUGUUGAAAUAAUGAUUGAGUGGGUCGUGUGAUGAACAGUUUGGAUGUGGCAUAUUUAUGAAGUUAUCGUCUAUACAAAAAAUCAAUAGUUCACUCUGCUAAUUGAGGAUGUUGUGGUGUUUUAACUUAAUAUCCCUAAGUUCUUAAAGAUAAGAUUGUGUAUAAUAAAUUCAAUGUGAUCCAACUUUUCUUCAAGGUUUUACAUUGAUGAGAAUUUAAUA